ACCCUUAUCAAGCGCAUGCCGCAGAAGCCGGGUGACGCGGGCCAGCUCAAUGCCCCGAUCGGCUUUGCCCCCAAAAGCGUGCCCCCCCCCCCCCCCUCCAAAAAAAAGGAAGCCCUCUCUCCUUCCAUUCGCCGUGGACAUAAAUGCGAGCCGAAAACCCUGCCGCGCCACUUCGUUGAAAGGCACGGCUACACUCGCAGCAACAGCAACGGAAAGACGCCUCGCGAAUCUACACGCCCGACUUCCUUUUUUAUCGACCGGACUUCGCCACCUCAAGAAACAGCCAUGCAGCCCACAGUUCGUGUGACCCGUCUGCUGAUACUUGCGGCCGCCUUUGCCGCCGUGCUCCUCGUGGCGGCCCCGCUUGCAGUUGAAGCCGCAGCCAGGCAGUUCUGCUCACCCAACGGAGACGUGUGCCUCGGCCCCCUGGACUGCUGUUCGGGCCAGUGCGUGAACGCCGUGUGCUGCGACGAGUACCUGGGAACCUGCCCGUUUGAUUACUACGGUCCCUACUGGCGGCGCGACACUGUCUCCAACGACACGGUGCCCACCACAACUGAACCGGAGGAGCCUGCAACCUCCGCCACGGAGCUCGUCAGCACCGAAGAGAAGCUCGAAGAGGCCUCUACGCCGAACACGCUGUAACUCGGAUGCAAGCGCCUGGACAGCCAUGCCAAUUCAUCGGCUGUCGCGGUAGUUUUUAGGCACCACAUGUACAUAAAAGAAACGUAAACGAGCUUUUAUACCGA